AUGGGAGUGUACGUGAACGGGAAUAUUGGGGAGAAACUAAGGAGACUAGAAGGGUGGAUGGAAGUAGAAGAGGUAGGAAGUAGGAAUAUAAUAGGAGGAGACUUCAACGCAAGAACGGGAGAGAACGGAGGAGAGAUAAUAGAGGAAAGGUUAGAAGGAAAGGAAGAAGGAAGGAAAAGGAGAUCGAAGGAUAAGAAAGUCAACAGGGAGGGAAGGGCUUUAAUAGAGUUUAUGGAAGAAAGAGGGUGGGGAAUACUAAACGGAGGAAUAAAGGGAGAUGAGGAGGGAGAAUACACAUAUACAGGUGGGAGAGGGAACACAGUGAUAGAUUAUGUGAUAGGAGACAAAGAAACGAGAGAUAGAGUAAAACGGUUAGUAAUAGGAGACAAAAUAGACUCUGACCAUCAUCCGGUAGAGAUAACAAUAGGGGAAGGGGUGAAGGAAAGGGAAGGAAGAAGAAGAAAGAACAGGAGGAAAGAAUGGAGAGGGAGAUGGGAUGAACAGGGAAGGGAAAGCUUUAGACAAAAGAUAGGAGAAAUAGAAAGUAGGGAGGGGGUACAGGAGGACUGGGAGGAGUGGGAGGAGAGAAUAAAGAAUGCGAUAGAAGAGAUAGAAAGGGAGGGUGGAGGGAGAGAGGGAAAGAGGGGAUGGUGGGACGAAGAAUGCAAGAGUAAAAAACGGGAGGUGAGGAAGGUGCUAAGGGAGUGGAGAAAAGGAAAGGGAGAGGAGAGGGAAUACAAAGGGAGGAAAAAGGAAUACAAGGAAAUGUGUGAUAAAAAGAGGAAAGAAGAAAACGAGAAAUGGAUAAGAAAAGCGGCAGAGGCAAAGACGGAAGGGCAGGUAUGGGAGGUUAUAAACAGGGGAAGGAAGGAAGGUAGAGGAGUAGAGGAAGGAAUAGAGAUGGGGGAGUGGAAGACGUACUUUAUGGAAUUGUUAGGAGGG